CCUUGAGAAAAAAAUGGAACGACUUUUUUCGGACCGAGCCGCAGAGCGAGGACAGGCAUACGAGGAACUUGACCAUCGAUCAAAUGCGGCAUUCAAUUCGGCAGAGAUUCUUUACCCUAGAUGAUGGGUUCUUCGAUAUAGAUGCGGAGAGGACGGGAGCCAGCAUCCACAUUCCAGAACAAGCCAGGGCCAGAGCAUCAGCCGCUUACAUACAGGCGUACAACGCGGCAAACCGGCUAUUGCGCCAGCAAUUGCCUGAUAAUCUUCCCCCCCCAUUUACUUUUCCAUGGUAUAUCGCGGGAGAGGUGCUAUGCCAGAUGAAGGUUGAAAAGGGAAAAGUAUUGCCUGUAUCACACGCGGCUAUUCACUCAGUGCGUUCUGUGCUCGUGGGCUCCCGAGUCCAGGACGCAGGCAGCGAUGAUGAUGACGACGGCUAUGACGAUUCUGAAGAUGAUGAUGUUUUUCCAGAUGGCAUUUGCGGUCUUCGAUGAGGGUUUUGAAAAUAAUAAUUGGAACGACCUGCGGUCUGUGAACGACUGUUUUGCUUUCGUUGCGGUUGUUGAGUUCAAGACCCAUAAUUAUGGGUGGUUCAAUCUUGUGUCCCCCUCUUCAACUCUGCUUGGGGAUCAGACCGAACGGGCCGCAAUGGGACCAGAGAAGCUUCACAUAUCAAGUCCGUUGGCGUAACCUUAAUGGAGUGUGCGUGCUGACGCAGGCUGCCUCGUCUCCGAAACUAGAGACUAGAGGAGGAGUUUGAAAAGAGAGAGAGAGAGAGAGAGAGAGAGAGAGAGAGAGAGAGAGAGAGAGAGAGAACAUCAUGCUGGAGAUGAUCCACGAAGAGCAGUCAUGCUGGUCAGCCUGGUAGAUGCUGACAGCUGCUUGCAUGACGACAGUUGCCCUGAGCUCUGAGGUUUGUCAAUGCGGUCCCACGAAUUUGUCUAACAUAAUGUUUGCGACCGUGACCGGUCUGCGACUGACUGUUCCCCCGAUAUGGUUGCUGAGUUCAAGACGCAUACUGGUGGUUCACCGUAUGCACCCUUUGCACUGGGACUAGCUCACGCAUGCUCGCAUUCAGGCAAGCUACGCAGGGUGAAUCGGUCCCUAUGGAAACCCUGAAAGGCGGCGCCGAUGGGUACUAGAAAGUGACGAGAUUAUGUCCCCUUUGCACCGGGACUAGCUCACGCAUGCUCGCGUUCAGUCAAUCUACGCAGAGUGAAUCGGUUCCUAAGGAAACCCCGAAAGGCGGCGCCGAUGGAUACUAGAAAGUGACAAAAUUUGAAUCAAGCUCACGCAUGCUUGCGUUCAGUCAGUCUACGCAGAGUGAAUCGGUCCCUAAGGAAACUCCGAAAGGCGGCGUCGAUGGGCACUAGAAAGUGACGAAAUUUGAAUUAAGCUCACGCAUGCUCAUGUGCAUUCAAUCUACGCAGAGUGAAUCGGUCCCUAGGGAAACCCUGAAAGGCGGCGCCGCGAUGGAUACUAGAAAGUGUCGAAGUUUGAAUUAAGCUAGCGCUACUGAUUGGAUGAUUGGGCAGGCCCUCCAUUUCUGGGAAAUGACUUCGAGAAUCAAUUCUACAUUGAUUGAACUGUACCCCAAACUGACACAGGUGAACAAGUAGAGAGAAAGUAUACUAAGGCGCGUGAGAUAAGUUGAUAACCAUCUUUUGCUCACUAAGGGGGGGUCUCAGGAGUAGGUAAACACGCAUAGAAGAAGUUGUGGACUGGCGUUGACGAGCUCUGGUGCAAGGCUCUAUAUUUUUUAGAGCAAGGGGGGGUCUCAGGAGUAGGUAAACAAAAUCGUAUAUGAAAACGACUUCUGGCAUCGUCAAAAGGGACAGGAGUCAAAACUUCUCUGAUUUCUGCCGACUUACUGAAGUGCCCUCCGAACCUAUGUGCGAAAUACGUAGUUGCCCAUCACACUGCUCACUAACUCUACUUGCUUUGAGUUCUCUUAGAACAUUAGAUUGGACUCUUGAGUCUUGAUACCGAUUGUCGUUCUCAAACAGGGUGUUGGUUCAGCACGCUGCAGUGGGUAUAUAUAUUGUAGCAUGUAUGCAGUACUUCUCCCGGCAGCGUGCCACACGCGAUUUUACCCCAGCUAGUCAUGGGAGGGUGGUGUUUCUUCUGGCCCUAAAUGGCUCGCACCUUUUCUCAGGAGGACAAAUUUGUGCAUAGGUGCCCAGCAGCAGCAGGGCUGAAGAGGCCCCUCUUGUCAAACCCUCUUGUGUGCAUCCUUUCUUCACCUGCUCAGUCGAUCCCCUGGUUUCAGGGUAAUCAAUGCUGGCAGGAUGU